AUGUCUCCCUCUCAGCCCCUCAAGAUUCUGAUAGCCAAUCGAUCGGAGAUCGCGUGCCGGCUCAUCAGAACAUACUCGGUCUACCCGAACGUCCAGACCGUGGCCCUGUUCACUCCGGCCGAGAAGGAUGCGACACACGUCCGUCUUGCGACGGCGUCGGUGGCGCUUCCAGAAGAAGGUCCCCGCGCAUAUCUCGAUGCCGCCAACAUCGUCAGCAUUGCCAAGAAGGAAGGAUGCUGGGGCAUCGCGCCGGGCUAUGGAUUCUUGUCCGAAGACGCCGGGCUGGUGAGACUGUGCGAGGACGAAGGCAUCGUGUUCAUCGGCCCGUCGAGCGAGCAGUUGGCGCAACUGGGUAACAAGGUGAGCGCGAGGUCAUUGGCGGCAGCCACAGGCGUCCCGGUCCUAGCUGGCACCAAGACAGUAGGCGACCGAGGCUCUUCCAUCGCGGAGGUACUGGCCUUUGGAAAGAGCCUGGGGCCAGGCAGAAAAAUCAUUCUCAAGGCCGCAGCUGGCGGCGGAGGGCGCGGCAUCCGAAUCGUGGAUGACAGUACCGACGAGCAAACCAUUCGCGAGGCGUACGAAGCCUGCCAGCGAGAGGCACAAGCGUCCUUUGGCGACGGGAGCUUGUUUGCCGAGCGAUAUCUACACGGUGCUAAACACGUCGAGGUCCAGCUUCUCGGAGACGGCACUGGACAAGUUUGCCAUUUCUGGGAACGAGAAUGUUCACUCCAGCGCAGAAACCAAAAGGUCGUCGAGAUUGCCCCUUCGCCUUCCAUCACUCCGCGGCUUAGGCGAGCCAUCAUCGAAGCUGCGGUGAAACUAGGACAAGCAGUGAAACUGCGCAGUCUCGCCACGAUCGAGUUCCUUGUCGACGCAGCAACCGAAGACUAUUACUUCAUGGAGGCGAAUCCCAGGAUACAAGUCGAGCAUACCAUCACCGAACAGAUCAAUGGCAUAGACCUUGUGGAUUUACAGCUUCGGAUUGCUUUGGGACGAACGCUGGCAGACCUGUCCAUAACACGGGAGCCACCACCUCCUCGACUUACGUCCAUACAGCUCCGCAUUAACGCCGAAAGCUUCAGGCAAGAUGGUACCACGCAGCCUGAGGCGGGGACUAUUCGGCAAGGCUAUUUUCCCACGGGAGCAGGCGUGCGAGUCGAAACAGCGCUUGACGGAUCCCGGCAGCAUGCUGUGAGCCCUUUGUUUGACAGCCUUUUGGCAAAACUCAUUGUCACCUCGUCGUCAUAUGAGUCGGCGCUGCGGCUAGCUCGUUGGGCCAUUGACGAGACAAGGAUUGUAGGAUGCAGGACGAAUCAGGCGUUCCUGAUGGCUUUGCUAGAUCUCCCGGCCGUGCAAGACGGCAAGAGCAACAUUUUGACCAUCCAGGAGAACUUUGAGGCGCUGUACAGCUCCACGCAGAAGUUCGAAGACACGCUGCAGGCCAAAGCUGGCCGAACUUUGGAGGAGUCAGCCUCACCAACUGGGGAUGCGGCUAAAGUGGAGCGACCGCCUGGCUCCGAAGAGCUGCUCGCACAUCUCACGGGUGUUGUUCUUUCAAUUAAAGUGAAUGAAGGCGACAAGAUCACCGCUGGCCAAGAAUUGGCCAUUCUUGCAGCGAUGAAGAUGGAACACUCGGUCCGGAGCGACUCCAACGGCACUGUGGCGAAGGUGGCGGUGACGCCAGGACAGCAAGUAAAUGCCGGCGAUGCUCUUCUCUUCACCAUCUCGGACGGUGAUACUUCAUCUGGCAGAGCACAAGACCCGGCCGAAGCUGAAAACCCGGAAGAGCUACGACCGGAGCUGACGGAACUGAACGAACGCAAGGCCUUCCUGCAAUAUGCUGGCCGCGACGAGGACGUGGCCAAACGCCAUGCAAACGGAUACCUCACAGGCCGAGAAAACCUCGACCUGCUCGUAGACAAGGAUUCAUUCAUUGAAUACGGAGACCUCGUGGUUGCGGCACAGAGGAAAAGGUACCCGAUGGCCCAUCUCAUCGCCCGAACAAGCGGAGACGGUAUCAUCGUGGGCUGGGCGAAGAUGGACUCUCAUCCCGUCGCGGUUGUCAUUGGCGACUACCUCGUGCUGGCGGGCACGCAAGGCCACUUCCAUCAUCAAAAGUUGGACCGCAUCUUCCAGUCGAUCAUUGACCAUCCUGCGCCCGUGGUGAUGUACGCCGAAGGAGGCGGUGGAAGACCAGGCGACACUGAUCACCUGGGCACGGCCGGCCUCAAGACACCAUCGUUCGCUCUCAUGGGGCAGAUCAAGGCCAGGGGCAUACCUUCGGUCGCAGUAGUAAACGGGUACUGCUUUGCAGGCAACGCGGCACUCUUGGGAACGUGCGACAUCAUCAUCGGUACACGGGGUGGUUCCAAGGAUGCGCCGUCGAGGAAGACCACCACAAUCGGCAUGGGUGGUCAAGCAAUGAUCGAGGGCGGCGGCCUAGGGCGAUUCGAGCACGAACAUAUCGGCCCGGUCGACGUCCACAUGCGCUCCGGUGGCAUCGAUGUACUCGUAGACACCGAGGUCGAAGCCGCACCGAUGGUCCGCAAGAUCGUGGCUCUUUUCACCCAUCCGCAGCUGUCACCAGCAGAGAGUCCCUACACUUCGGACCCUCUUCGCCUGCGCACGGCGGUGCCGCCACUGUCAUCUCGUCGCCGGGCCUACAAUGUCCGUCGCGUCAUCAACCUCCUUCUGGACGAUGACAGCUUCAUUGAGUUCUGUCCCGAGUGGGGUCUCUCUGUGCUCACGGGCUUUGGCCGCAUCGACGGCCGCGCAGUCGCAGUCAUCGCCUCCAACUCUUCGUCCCCGCUGGGCGGCGCCAUCGACGUCGCAUCCGGGGCGAAAGUCAACCGCCUGUUCAGGCUCCUCAUCCGGCUCGGCGGCAUGCAUAUCCUCAGCCUCUGCGACACCCCUGGGUUCAUGGUCGGCCCGGACUUCGAGCGCUCGACCGAGGCCCAGGGCGCCGGGAGCACGUAUCGCUGCUUCGGUGACUGGUUCGGCAACUCGCAGGAAUUUGUCCUCUCGGGCGGGCGCGUCCUGGGGGUCGUCUUGCGAAACGGUUUCGGACUGGGCGCGCAGGCGAUGCUCGGCGGUGGAAGCCUGAACAACAGCAUGUGCGUGGCGUGGCCCAGCGCCGUCUUUGGGGGCAUGGGGAUCGAAGGCGCCGUGAGGCUCGCGUACAGGAAGGAACUGGAAGCCAUCACCGACGUCGAAAAGAGGAAGCAAAAGGAGCAGGACAUGAUCGAUUUCAUGUACGACGAAGGAAAGGCCGUCAACAUGGCCAUGGCGUCCGAGAUAGACAGCGUGAUUGAUCCGGCCACGACGAGGAAAUGGCUGGAGCAGAUGAUCAAGGUGCUACCGGAGAGAGUGCCGAACUACGUCAAGGCAAGGAGAAGCGCAAAGAUAUGA